UCAAGUGAGUACACACGUAUAUGCAUGUAUACAGUAUAUAAUCUUUCCGCGUUAUUAUUCAUUUAUAACUUGAAAUUUUACUGAUAAAUAAGUUGUAGUGGAAUUGUCAUAAUGUUUCGCACAGUUAUGUUACAAAUACGCAACCAAGUUGCCCGGUUAAACAAUGUACGAUACUUUACACAAGAAAUGAAUGAGACUGCAAAUAUAGAAAAAUGUGUAAAUAAUGUAACAUUACUUGGAAGAGUUGGAGCAGAUCCUCAGAAACGUGGUUCUGAGCAUCCAGUUGUAUUAUUUUCCCUUGCAACACAUACAAAUUAUAAAUACGAAUCAGGUGAAUUUAUGCAAAGAACAGACUGGCACAAGAUAUGUGUUUUUAAGCCUAAUUUAAGGGAAUCUGUAUAUAAAUAUUUAAAGAAAGGUCAACGAAUAAUGAUAAAUGGUAGGAUAAGCUACAGUGAAUUUAAAGAUGCAGAAGGAAAAAAUGUUUUCGCUACAUCUAUCAUAGCAGACGAUAUAAUAUUUUUCCAAUAGAAAGUUUUACAUGUAAACUAUAUAUAUUUUUCUUUUCAAUAAAAAAAAUUAAAAGAUAUUUUCUUUUAUUCUACAAUCUGUAGGCAGUUGAAUAACGUAAUGAUGACUUGCCAUAAAAUGUAUGUCUUUUUUGAUGAAUUUUAAACAUCAAAUGUUCUAAAUUUAAUAUUGUUGAUAGAAUUCUUACUCUAAUUAAAUACUCUAAUUAAAUCUAUAAACA